AUUGAACAAUGUGAAGUUAGGAGGUGAUCUCAGUCUCAUUAUGUUGCGCUUGUAGUAUAUUCUCUGUUUUAAUCUCUACCGAUGGGGAUUGGGAGGUGGUACGAUAUUUGCACGGGAAACAGCUGAUGCAAAUGGUUACUCAAAGCUGGAAGGUAUAUUCUGGAAAGGAUGCUUCUCAGCAAACACCUUGGGAGCAUAUUGAGAUGGAAGUAGAGCUUGUUGCACACUAUCUGCAGAUGUCGUUUAAAGCGUCCAGUGAUACGCUGUUCAAGGACUUUAGUGAGUCUGGAGGAUAUGGUUAUUUGGUUAAUAUGGUCAUAGAAACUUCAACGGGGAAGUCAUCUUCUGACAAACAGACCCAGAUCUACAACAUUAUGGAAAAUCUGAUAUACGUCGGCCCAGACAAAGUUGAUUUUUCAUACAUAGAUGGAAGUCCAUAUCAGCACGAAGAUUUUGUCAUACCGCAAUAUCCUGAAGAAUCAAGAAUACGGAAUGUUGAUGCUUUUCAGAUUCUGCUUGAUUCCAUCCUAUCCAUGGUGUCCACAAACAGUGAAACGACAGAUGACACAAAGCAAAACCAGAAAAGCUCGAUACGGCUGAUUAUGUUGCAAUCGUUGGAUCACUGUAUCCGAGCGAAUCCUGUAAAUUAUUUCAUUACCGUUCCAGUCAACGCUCUGCCAUUGCUCUUGGAGAAGCUUUAUGGUUUUGAUGAGAAGUCACAAACGGUCAUUUUGAAUCUUCUCAGUUAUGUUAUGUGGGAUCUUAACUAUGUCCCGUUUAAAGAGCUGGCAGUCAUCUCGCUACACUUACAAAGCAACUCAUCAUCGGGCCGCGCAAUUCCACUCAUAUGUGGAGUUUUCAAGAAGUUGUUAGCCAAAUCGGACAAAUUUCAGAGCGUUUUCAGGGAAGUUGGCUUAGUGAAUGUUUUUGCCGCUACCCUCUCUGAAAUUAUCACAGUCCUGCACCAAAGACGCCUGAGUAGUGGGGAGAUCGUUAUUAGCGAGGGCAAAGGUGAUGGCUUCAUUGAUAAUGCGAUUGCCAGCUUCGAUGCCAUCUCAGAUACAUUAGUGCACAUGCUUCGCGAUGGUGAAAAUGCCAAGCUCUUCUUGAGAAGUUUGAAAGGGAAUAUCACAGAUUUGAUUGCGAAUGAUAAGACUCGAAAAAGUGCCAUGUCGCUCGUUGAGUUGCUCCUUCGGGCAGCUCCCUUGCAAACAUCCGGAGGAGACACAUCACCUACCUCACCUUCCGAUUUAUCUGGAGCUCAAGAUCAGGUUAUUCAAUUGAUGGAAAUGGCCCAAACGUUGGAUAAGCGAGAGAUCUUGCUCAAAACACAGAUACUUAACAUCAUUUCACAUGCGUUCAAAACCACUCCAAGCAUGCGCAACUCUUUCCGUUCCUUUGGUGGCUAUGUAACGCUCAUUUCUGUAUUGGUCAGCUUGGAGGACAUUUACACUGAAUUAAGUUCUGCCGACGGUAUCACCACAAGUGAAGGCGUUGCGAUACAAGAGAAGGAAGUAGAUGAUCUAGUAGAGGCAGUGCUAGAUUUACUACGAAAGUCAAUGACAGGCUCACCCAUCAACUGCCGACACUUUACUAAAAAUGUGACCUAUGGAUCCCUGGAGAAUGCCAUCAAAAUGACGGGUGUGUUGCAAAAUUUAUCAUCAACUUCCAAGCUCUUCGGCACCUUGCUUGCUUUUGCAACUGAUAGGGAUGAAUUCAAGAACAUCUUUGUGUCGAACGAUCAUUUGGCUGAGAACCAACCUUCAGUUACCAAUGAUGCAAUAACUGUAUCCAUAGAGAAAAGGCUCAAUUUAUCUUCGGUGCGAUUGGUGAAUGCAGAUGUUAUGAUAAGCAUCAUGAAUUUGCAAAAAGAAAUUGGAGCAAAUCACGAAUUGUCGAUGCAAAUAUUCACAUCCGUGCUUACUCUUGCAUAUGGCAACAGACACAACCAAAUUUUACUGAAUCGAAAUGGGAUGAUACUACAUCUUCUUGAGAGGCUUUAUCCGAAACCCACUGUGUUCGAGCUCUCGGAUGUGUUUGAAGAACAUGCUCUUACUGAUGCUGAGCGACAGAUAUUGACCAGCUUGCUCCAAAGACUGACCGCCCUUGGCUUGUCAUAUGCGGAGCUUCGAUAUCUGUUCGAGGCGUUCGAGGAUCAACAAUCCAAGACAGUUAGCCUUACCAAAAGGAGCAGUGCUAUCUUUCUGGACACCCUACGAUAUAGCGUCGAAAGUAGUCGCUGGCCAAACUUCAUUCACCUCGAUUUGAGUGCGAAAGAAACCUCUGCUAUUGCUUUGGAUCAUGUGUUACCCUUUCCGCCAAACAGUGGAUACACUUUAUUGUUCUGGAUACACAUUGAAAAGCAGUCAGAAUCAUCAAGGUUGACCAUUCUUGAUGUCAUACAAAACGGCGAGACAAAGCUUAGCGUAACUGUUGAUGGUCAGAACCGACACCUUCAUAUCGAGAUCCAAGGUCGAAAACAAAUCAUGUCGUUUAAUGCCUUCCAGUUUCAACCGAACUACUGGUAUCACAUUGCCCUUGUUCACAAUAGAUCACGCCUUGGACUGACUUCCAGCAUCAUGGCUUUGUACGUCAAUGGAUCAUUCCUCGAACAGAUACGCUGUCCGUAUAACUUGUCUAGUGGGUCACCUCAAUCAAAACUGGUCUUCGGUGGAUUAGCUUCAGAAACACUUCCUGUAGAAAACAGACAAGUAGUAUGGGACCUUGGACCUUCCUACAUCAUUGAAGAUACCUUGGAUAGUGAUAUUGUUAACCUACUAUUCAACGUGGGAGCAAGAUAUACCGCAUUAUUUCAAGAUUCGCUAAAACAAUUUCAAAGUUAUGAAACAUCCACUACCCUGUUCCUCAAGCUCAGGUCCUUGUCCAAAGCUUCAAGCAAAGGCGAUUCUAGUCACAGCGCCUUUGUAGAGGCCAUGCGCGGGAUUGGAAGCACAGUCAUUCCUGAGCAGAAAAUUGUGGUAGCACUGUUCGCUGGAAAUACGAUAUCUGAAGAUGCAGAAAGAAUGAUAUACCCCUGUAAUGAAGGCAUAAAACGUUUCCUUGCAUCCAAAACUAAUCUGGGCGAUGUCACUCUCAACUCUGCGGUUCCAAAGAUCAACAAGGCACUCUGGCAGCCGAACGGAUUAGCUUAUCUGCUUGGAUCGCCCCUUGUUGUUCGACCAGCAUCAGUGGAUGAUGUCUUGUGGAAAGUUGGUGGAUUUUCAGCGGUUCUAAAACUUGUUGAAGUGGCGGAGACCCCAAGUACACUUUACAAAACAUUGGGUAUUCUCUUUGAGGCUGUGCGAUGCUCUUGGAGAAAUUCAGAAGAUAUGGAAAGAUUACAUGGAUACGAAAUUUUGGCAUAUUUGCUGAAACAGAAGCGGGACAUCAUUGAAAUUGACCACUUGGAGAGACUGUUAAGUUUUAUUGGAAAAGAUGGUGCCUACUUAAACGAAUCUGUGAUCAACAAUCCAUACGCUUAUCGAUAUAUUGUGUUGAACUUUGAGAUCUGGAAACGUACAUCGAUUGCUGUACAGAAGGCUCAUCUUGACCAAUUCUUCUUGUUCAUACAACAGAGCAAGUUCAGGAAUUUCAAUAUUAAACGGCUACAAAACAUUCAUUUGGUCAAGAAAAUGCUUUUAGCUUUUCGAUUAAGCGUUUACUCUAAGGAAUUGGUGCCGUCGGCUGUUGCUGCCCUACGGGUAGCUAUGAUGAACAACUGGACAACAGACAGCAUACGUGCUGUUGCCACUUUCUUAGCAUCAUGUCUACCAGAUUAUAAAAACAGCAACUUACCCUCACCUACUCCUUCAUCCGCCUCUUCACCCAGGACCAGAGAGUUGAGAUCGGAGAACCAGGAUUUCGGAAACCCACAAAGUUCAGCAGCAAGAAAAGAAGUUAUUCUCGAUGCAAAAGGAUUUCCUAGCACCGACAAAAAGACUCAGAUGUGCAUUAUUGUCAUGGAAAUGCUUCAUGGCAUCCUUUGUGAGCCUCAGAACCAAGAUCUCGUUGCAAAGUACUCAAACACCAUCACCAACAAAUGGGCUCUAUUGUUUUUUGAAAAAGACGUCCACCCUUAUGUCGUUGUACUGGCAUUGAGGAUCCUGUGCCGGUUAUUGAUACUUCAGGGCCCAGCUUAUAUGAUGAAGUUUCGUAGCGGGACUGAUGGUAUGUACAUCAUGCAGAGCUUGCUAAAAAAUCAUUGGAACGUUCUUCAAGUGCAUGAGGCGCUCGUUACAACACUUCUCGGAAUGGACAUCUCAGAUGUACCACUUCAAAGUUCAGUCGAUUUUUCCAGAAUCAUUACCUUGCACAGUCAAAAUGCCCAUAGGCAAAUCCCUAUUCCCGAAUUGAUGCGAGUAGAACUAGCCCUAAUUGAUCAUGGCCUUAAAGAACAAAACGGCCUCACGAAAUCUGACGCGGACAAUUCUCCAUCCAUACAGCUUUUGACUCGUGUUCUCCGCCUCCUGAACGACCUACAUGAUAUGAGCAACGUUAUGCAAAAUAUAUGCUGUCGGCUAGAUAUUAUCGAGACCUUGGUAACAACAGAGUUUUGGGUAGCUUGUCAAAACGAAUGCACUACGGCCGAAAUGGAGCUUGUGCGCUUGGAAGAUCAAGAAAGCAUGUUUGAUCAGGAUGUAGCAGAGUCUAAUACCGAAGUGAAUGCAAGCCAUGAAGAGGAUAACGGUCCAAUGCCAGAAAGACCGUCCAAAAGCAGCAUUCUAAAACGCGGCGGUCUAUCCACCCUUGUUACAAAAACCUCCCCUCACGCUGUCAAGCGAUCUAAAUCCAUGUUGACAAGAGCCAGAAGCACUUCUGUGCGACUUACCCGCACUGCUUCGGGUGCAAGACGGUCUAAUUACAUUGCUGAUAACACGGCAUCCGAUCGACUGGUCGAGCUAUUGACAAAAAUCAUCGUAGCCGCUAUCAUUUCUGAUAACUCUCGAGCUGAGGCUGUUUUUAUACUAUAUUCAAGAUAUGCUCCUCCAAGCACCGAAGCUGGUCAAAUUCAGUUCAACACCUUGAUGCUCACGCAUAUUAAUUUGACGCUAAAAACUUCGAUUCAACUUGACACAAGUGUCUUGCAGCGUCCAGCUAUGCUGAUGAACAUUGCAAAGUAUGCACAGUACCUUGUUGAUACAGUCGUUCAAGGCUUAUUUACGAAUGGUAUGGAGCAAACCUAUGAUCUUUUGGCAACUAUUCUUGAGACUUGGCAAACAACUGCAAACGACAAAUACAGCAGCUCCUCCCAGCAGGCUAUCAAUGUUCUAUUCAAGGCAUUCAAUCGCAUGGUUCUUUUACGAAUAUCAGACCUUGACGCCACCACGGCUUCUGCUAAUCAAAUUGUCGACUUCUUGAAUUACUGCGUUCACUACCAAAAGUUGCUACUUAGCUCCGCCAACACUGAUAUGGACUUUUUACGAUGCUUUUGCUACCAUUUGUAUACCUUUAUGCGAAUUCGUGAUCCUACAGUCCAAGCCACUACUAUGAACUUAUGGAAGCUUUUGAUGUUACAAAAAUCUGACGAAGUGACCAAAAUGCUGCGUACUUCAGUUCAAGGAGUUGAAUCUCAAGAUCUCGUCAAUGGCUUCAAUGGCUUACUGGAAAUGGAUACCGAUUCGUUCUUACUGUGGAUGGAUUCGCGCAAGAGGGAGCUCACCAUGUUCUUCCAAGAUCAUAUUAUCCGGGUCUGGGAGGACAUUGUGGCUAUCGAAAAUAAGAACAGUGGAGACGCAUUGAAGGCAAUAUGCGUUCAACGAAUCAACAGAUUGAAGAAGCUCCAGAAGCGAUUGGGUGCUGAGCAAGAGUGUUUAAGCAAGUAUGUCAGUAAGACGUUUACGUGGCUGUACGGGAUUAAGAAAGUCGAACUCAGCAAGUUUACAAAGGCUCUCCAAGACAAUGACGGCCAUGAGAACUUUGUCCGUAGUGAAUGGGCCAAGAUAUCCGGACACUUGUUUGAGGAACGUGCCAUUUGGGGCAGAAAUCAGAACGAUUCUCAUACCAAGUGGCAACUGGAUCUGACUGAAAGUCGAUGCCGUAUGCGGUUGAAGAUGCAACCCAAUCGAAAUCUCCAUGUAUACCCCUACUUGCCAAAGCAGCAAACGGCAACAGAUAUCCUGGAUUCAACAGAGGAGACGAAUUUACUGGAGUUAUCAGAUAAUUUGCAGAUGAAACGACAAAUGUCACAAGAUACUGUAUCAGAGAAAACGAAUGCGGUGGAAGAAGCUACCACCGGCGAGGAAGCUUAUGAAGGAGACGGCGAAUCAGCUGAACAGCAGGAUCAUCAAGAUGCUCCAACCAUCGAUGAAGAGGAGGAUGAAGUUUCCUACGAAGAAGAUAAAAACCGCAAAGUCUUACGUCUUCUCGACGGUCGAGAUAUGGUCCUCGAUGUACUCAAUGUCAGCCAGAUAUCAGGACUUGAUGCUUGCGAAGGCUUGUUGCUGCUUUGCAAAAACAAUCUCUAUUUGAUCGAUAACUUUUUCCAGAGAUCUGAUGGUGAAGUAGUCGAAAUUUGGGAUGCUCCAAAGGAAGAGCGAGAUCAAUACCUCAUCCUUCUCGCGCAAAAUGCUGGUAUGGAUACUGCGCCUAAUGUUACUACAUCUGGAGAUCUUCAUUUCUGUCGCAAAUGGCCAAUUGAGGAUUUGAAGGAACUAUUCAAGCGAAAAUUCCUGUUUAGAGACGUCGCUUUGGAAAUCUUUUUCGCAGAUGGUCAAAAUGCUUUGAUCACAGCCAUGGAUACUUCGGAAAGGGACAACUUGUAUAGCAAGCUGCUGGCAAGAAUAAACCCGUCCGCUAACUCGCUGGAUUAUGUGAUUGGUGGCAAUGACCUCGAAAAGCUAUCUGAGAGUACGAAUCCUUUCAGACUUACCAACAUUUUUGGAUCUUCAUCUUUCUCAGAGUUGACGCAAAGAUGGGAGAGAAGAGAGAUCACCAAUUUCCAAUAUUUAAUGGAUCUCAACACCAUUGCUGGACGCUCUUAUAACGAUCUUACUCAGUACCCUGUAUUUCCUUGGAUUUUAGCGGAUUAUGAAAGUGAAGAACUAGAUUUGGAGAAUCCAUCGACUUUCAGAGAUCUCAGCAAACCAAUGGGUGCUCAAACAUCUGAGCGAGAAGCCGAGUUCGCUGACAGAUACAAACAAUGGGGAGAGACCGACGACCCAGCACCUGCUUUCCACUAUGGCACACAUUACUCCUCCGCCAUGAUUGUCUGUUCAUUCUUGAUUCGUCUCGAACCAUUCACUCAGCAUUAUCUCAAGCUACAAGGUGGUACAUUCGAUCAUGCAGACAGAUUGUUCGAUUCCAUUGGAAAGGCUUGGGAUUCCGCUUCCAUGAGGAACAUGAGCGAUGUUCGUGAACUUAUUCCAGAGUUCUUUUACUUGCCUGAAUUUUUGGAAAAUGUCAACAAGUUCAACUUUGGUACAAAACAAGGGACAGGCGAGGCCAUUGAUUCAGUCAUUUUGCCUCCUUGGGCGCAUGGGGAUCCAGCGGUGUUUAUUCACAAGCAUCGCGAGGCAUUGGAAAGUGAUUACGUUAGUAGUAACCUGCACAAUUGGAUUGAUUUGAUCUUUGGAUGCAAGCAACAGGGCCCAACUGCUGUCAAAGCAAUGAAUGUUUUCCACCAUUUGUCUUAUGAAAAUGCUGUUGAUCUUGAUGCCAUAACUGAUACCAUAGAAAAAACCGCAACCAUUGGCAUUAUUCACAACUUUGGCCAGACGCCACGACAGCUGUUUAAGCGACCGCAUCCACGUCGCCAGCCUGCUCCUGCUGAUCCGCUAUCAAGCGGACGAUACCAAUUCUACUCCAAUGUCGAUAAAUUGAUUCAAUCUGCCAUGCCUCUACAAGAUGUUGGUGAAGGCAUUCGAAAGUUACAUUUGUUCGGCGAAAAGGUAACUGCUGCAACCAAGGAACAAGCUUUCAUGCUCCCCGAUGGUGCUAAAUACAUCGAGUGGGGAUUUUCGGAUAAAUCGUUGAGAUUCCAUUCAAGCGAAGGAAAAAAGUUGGUCAAUAUCUUUGAGAAUAUGCAAGUGGAUGAGCUAACUGCAGCAACGUUUGCUGACCCUCGAACCCUCGUCACUGGUGGAGCUGACAAUAUGAUUUGUGUAUGGAAUAUCAAGCUUGACAAGACUACGGACUUCGUGCUUAGGGAGUGUUUGAGAGGCCAUACGGACUCUAUCACAGUCAUCACAGCCUCGCGACCGUUCAGUUUGAUUCUCAGCGGAUCAUUGGAUCAAACCAUCAUAUUAUGGGACUUGAACCGCAUGCAGUACGUUAGGACUGUAGCGGGACACGAAAGUGCAAUCAACGACAUAUCGGUGAACGACACAACUGGAGAAAUCAUCAGCAUAUGCUCAGUUUCAUUGAGAAUCUGGUCGGUCAAUGGCGAACCAUUGAUGAUGCUUAAUAUUCACUCUGAUCCGAUUUUGACUGCCACAUUUUAUCUCGGACGAAGCAAUGACUGGUUCUCUAAGGAUCUUAUUGUCACUGGACAUUCCAAAGGAAAGAUUCAAUUUUGGCACAAGACACUUGCUCCUGCCGAUAAGAAGACCCAGCAUGAAUGGACUCUUACCCCUGUACAUACUUUGCAGCUCGAAGACCGAGCUAACAUGUGCUAUUCGUACACCGAUAUUACAUCGCUUCAUAUCGCCAAACGACUGCUCUUGGCUGGUGACGCUUCUGGUAAACUUCAUUCCUUCGCACUCCCAGAUUGUGAUACCACUUUCCACUAUGUUCGCGAGGACAAGGCGAAAGAAUGUUUCAAUUGUUCGAAGAUAUUUUCGGUUCUAGAACGUCGAGUCCAUUGUCGUACAUGUGGUGGGGUAUUUUGUAACGCUUGUGUCAAUCAUGUGACUCUGCCUGGCAUAGAAAAGUCGUUCAAAUACUGUGGUUUGUGUACAGAAAAACUGAACAGAAUGAUGCUUUGAGCAAACAAUUCUUUGUUGCGCUCGCCUAUACACGCUAGCUUUCCUCGUAGCAUAGUUUUAAGUUGUAACCUUUGAUUUGGUUCUCUGUAAUAUAUUUUAUACACUUGUGUAAACUGUAGCCCA